AUGUUUCCUUCAUUGCCGUUUACGUUUCAGGACAUCGAGCGUAUGAAAUCGUCGGCGUCAGCCAUUGCACAAUCAUUGAGCGAUUUUGGACGAGUUCUUCGCGAAACAGAACUCCCCAACGACGUCGAAACUACAGCCAGAAUACUGCAGAUUCAAACAGCGGAGAGGGAUGCUAUUAAGGAGGACUUUCGAAUAUCCGUGCGUAAGGGAUUGUCGUUGCUGCGUGCGGUACGACAGAUCGAGUCGAAACCCAAACAUGAACUGCUCAGUCCAACUAGACUGCACAAUGUUACCGCCAUCGAACGGAUGCUUGUACAACUAGGUUCGUACCAUUUUACUGUUUUUUUUUAG